UAGAGGACUGAGCUUGGGAGAACAAGCUUCCAUUGGUAAAAGAGACAAUACUCAUGCAGCUAAACUUAUUUUAUCAGUAUGUUGCAUCCCUGUAAGUGAAUGGUAGCAAGAAAACGAGUCAGCUUCGAUAAGACCACCACCACCACUCCCAGCCUGUACAGGCCAUCAUCCUUCCAGACUGGGCCAUGAGCAAGCAGGUCGGUAAAGAAACGUUAAAGGAUAAGGUGAAGGGGAUUUUUGGUCUAGGACCACCGCGACCUCUCAGCAAACAGAAUGAAAACAAGCCCUCCGAGUUCAUCAUCACAAUUGACAUCCUUAAGGAGCUCCAUCCUGAUUGUGGGCUCAGUAAUCGUAUUCGGGUAAUAAAUCAUGUUUGCGAUUUGGCCAGUACAAAGAAAUUUGAAGAGCACGCUGUGGAGGCUGUAUGGAAGGCUGUGGAGGACAUGUUGACUCCAGAGCAGCCACCUGAGGCCAGACAUGCUGUUCUGUUGCUGCUUAGAGCAAUUAUACAGGGACAGGGUGAGAGGCUGGGCCCUCUUCGAGCCUAUUUUUUCAAGGUGGUAAGAGACUACCAUCCACCCAACGAGGACCUCUCUGAUAGACUGGAAGUGUUCAAGGCCUUGACAGAAAACGGAAAAGACAUUACAUACCUGGAGGAGGACAUUGCACGCUUUGUACUCCUGUGGAUGGAUACUGGUCUAACGUCAGACUUCCUCCAUGUUUUGGUCAACCUGGUCAAGUUCAACAGCUGCUAUCUUGACCAGAAUGUGUCCAUCAUGGUCCAGAAGAUCUGUCUCUUGUGCAAUAGAACCACAUCUUCAACAGAUAUUGAGGUGGCGCUGCAAGUUCUUGAUGCCGUGGUGUGUUACAAUUGCCUUCCUUCAGACUCCCUCACUGUCUUCAUCAUCACACUCUGUCGUACCGUCAAUGUGAAGGAGUUUUGUGAAACAUGCUGGAAGUUGAUGAGGAAAGUCUUGGGAACUCACUUGGGACAUAGUGCUAUCUAUACCAUGUGUCGCAUCAUGGAGGAAAGGGUUUACAUGGAGGAUGCGCCUUUGCUACGAGGUGCUGUGUUUUUUGUUGGAAUGGCACUGUGGGGGGCACACAGACUCCCUGCUCUUAAAAACACACCCACACUGGUCCUACCUUCAUUCUACAAGGCCAUGUCAUGUGCCAAUGAGGUGGUUUCCUAUGAGAUCGUGCUGUCUAUUACCAGACUAAUCAAGAAGUAUGGAAAGGAGCUGCAGGUAGUUACCUGGGACAUUCUUCUGGGUAUCAUAGAGAGAUUGUUGCAGCAGAUCCAGACCAUCGGCAGUGCAGAGCUGAAGUCUAUUGUGUAUGAGCUGCUGACCACAGUGGAGGAGCUGUAUGAACAGAAUGGCUACCAUGGCUCCACAGACAAGUUCUUCAGUCUGGUGGAGAAAUGCACUGACAAGAGACCUGAUGCAUCAGUGUUGACCCUCAUCUCAUAUAGGGCCCAGUCCAUCCAGCCAGCCAAGGAUGGCUGGAUUCAGAGCCUCCAUCGCCUCAUGGAGAAAUUCUUUAGAAAUGAGAGUCGGACUGUGAUAAGGAUCAAAGUACUUCACAUCCUCUCCUUUGUUCUCAGUACCAACCGACAGCUGUAUGAGGAGGAAUUGAUUGAAGUGGUGGUAGUUCCCCAGUUGAGUGGGAUUGCUGAGGAUGGGGACCUGGCCGUAAGGAAACAGGCUACCCAACUAUUGGUGGACCUAGCAGAAGGCUGCAGCACACACCAUUUUACCAGCCUGUUGGACAUCAUAGAAAGAGUGGCUAGCCGUUCUCUGGUGUCCUUAGGGGCCCUGGAGGUCUCUGAGAGAGACCACACGGCAGAGUCUCCCAUGGAAGAUGUCAGAACUGCUAUACUAGGCUUGUUGGAGAUCCUACAGAGCAAACUGUACAGUCUGCCAGCCAGCCAUACUGGUCGUGUUUAUGAGUUGCUUAUCAGCCACAUGCAGCUUCAUUACAAGAACAAAUACUGGUCUGCUAUCGCCUCCAGCAUUCGCCUACAGGUGUUUGACUUCUUCCUGAUGAUGCGAGCAGAUUCCCUCCAUCGUCUUGGGGUCCCCAACAAAGAAGGGGCCAUAAGGUUCAGCCCCUAUUGCUACUGUGACCUAGGGGAGCCAGAAAAGCGCAUCAGUGAGAAGAAGCCAACAGGCUCAGCAUCUCCUCCUGCGGGCAGCCCUGCUCCACCCACCGCUCCUUCUUCCUCCACAUCCGCUGUUCGCACAGCCUACCUGCCCUACGCGCCAGCCUUCAGCGUCCUGCUGCAGUGCCUAAAGAUGGAGACAGACUGGAAGGUUUUGAAGCUAGUUCUGGACAAGCUGCCAUGGACCCUUCAGUAUAAAGUCUUGCUGCUCACCUCGCCCUGCAGCCUGGACCAGCUCUGCUCCGUUCUCUGCUCCAUGGUGACAGAUCGUCUGAUCACAGAUCGUUUGAGGAAGACUCCAGAUGGGUUUUCUCGCACAGAUGUCCAGCUGGCAGUGGUCCCUGUGCUCACUACUAUCACGUCUUACCACAACUACCUUGAGCAGUCCAGACAGAGAGAACUGGUCCAGUGCCUGGAAACUGGCCUCAUCUAUCGCUGUGCCAAGCAGUGUGUUGUUGCCUUGACAAUGUGCACUGUGGAGAUGCCGGACAUCAUGAUCAAGCUGCUCCCAGCUCUCAUAGUCAAACUCACACACAUCUCAGCAACUGUUGCAAUGGCAUCUCCUAUGCUGGAGUUCCUCUCCACUUUGGUUCGUCUGCCCCAUCUUUACGCCAACUUUGUUGCCGAGCAGUAUGUUAGUGUUUUCGCCAUCUCCCUUCCCUACACCAACCCCUCCAAGUUCAACCAAUACAUUGUGUCGCUUGCCCACCAUGUGAUCGCCAUGUGGUUCAUCCGCUGUAGACUUACUUUCCGCAAGGACUUUGUUCAGUACAUCACUAAGGGUUUGCGUUCCAAUGCCCUGCUUCCAUUUGAUGACAGUCAUGAGCAAAGUUCAUUCAGAGCCCGAAGCACCAGCCUUAAUGAGAGACCCAAGAGUCUGCGGGCAGCGAAAAUGGCGAAGGCAGCAGCAGCGGUAGCCAAUAGCAGCAGCUCUCCGGUUAAAGAGCUGAGGGACCUGUCAGCCAUGGAUGCUUUCCGCUCCCGCAGCAUCAGUGUCUCCGAGCAUGCGGUCCGCAGGAUGCAAACCUCUACUACCACUUGUAGUUUGGGAUCUGCAGAUGAAAAUGCUGUAACUCAGGCAGAUGAGGGGUUGAAGACUGUCCACCUGGAGCUGACGGAGACCUGUCUGGACAUGAUGGCGCGAUAUGUCUUCUCCAACUUUUCGGCCUUGCCAAAGAGGUCUCCCAUUGCAGAAUUCCUGCUUGCAGGGGGCCGUAGUAUGACCUGGUUGGUGGGCAACAAGUUGGUAACCAUCACCACCAGUGGAGGGAUCAGAACCCAAGCCCUUUUGGGUCUAGACGUGGCCCAACGACUAGGAGGAGGGGGAGAAAUGACUAGGUCAGAUCCAUCUCUACAUACUCGUCACACCAAAGAGGCCCCGGCCAAACUGGAGUCUCAGUCUAGCCAGCAGCUCAACAGAGCCACACGCAUACGAGUCCGCUCCAUGUCAGGUGGUCAUGCGCUGCGUGCCGGUCCUGCCCAGAGUCUCAGCCCAUUGGUGUCUCCUUCAGAGGGAGAGUUAGGCGCCCCUCUCUCUCCAUCCUCUGCUCCCAUUCUGGAUAACCUGGGUCCUCCCUCCUCCCCUUCUCCUACCCCCCCUGCUCCUCCACCACUCAAAGACAAUCCCAGCCUGGCUGAGUUUGUCCCCAUGCUGACACAGGGCUGGGCUGAGAUCUUCAUACGAAGGCCGUCUGGUAACACAAGCUGGCUAAUGUGUCUAGAGAACCCACCCAGUCCGUUCUCCUCAGAGCUGGGCAACAUGCCCCUUCAGGAGCUCUCCAGUGUUCUCAUGGCUAUGGAGGGGGUGAAGGAGCCACCUGGCCAGACAGCCAGUGCUCCUGCCAGCACUGCUGCUCCUGCUCCAGCUGUAGCCCCAGCUUCGAUCCCCGUCUCUGAAACUCUAGGCACCGUAGGAGGGAGAGCAAACCCAAUCCAGCGCUCUAACACUGAUUCUGUGGUGGUGCCUGAGGAGGGCUCAGGGGUCACCACAGCACACACCCCUUCUGAUUGGCCAGAGAGUGAGGAGUUUGAAGCGAUGGCCUCAGAACCCAUCUUCAUGUCAGCUGAAAAGUUCACCAAGACACCACCACCUGGAACUCUCAGCAGGUCCUCUUCCACAUCCAGUCAGGAUGAUGAAAAGUCUACUCUGGAGGAGGUGAGUGAAGGAGCUAUUCCAAUCGAUCAGCCCACUCUGGGACCCUCCACCCCAGGGAGCCAGGGGCCUGAGCUCCCCUUUCAGAACCACACUCAGUCCCAGAGCCAGGGACUGAACAAGUCCAGCUCUUCCCCUGAGCUGCAGACAUUACCAGAGGCCUUCUCCAAGGCUGUCAUAGAGGCAGGAACUGGAGUAGGAGACAUGCCUCAACAGCGAGCACCUUCAGAGGGCAAGCCCCAACCCCAGCCACCUCAACAAGAAAAAGAUAAGGUGGAGGAAGGAGGUGGAGGAGAGGUGAAUGGACUAGGUGGUCACAACCAGGCAGGUGAAGCCCCAGGGGUGGCAUUGUCACAGAGUGGGGGAGCAAGGAUGAGGUUGGAGUUUCCAGCAGCCCCCACCCACCCUGGACCCAUCUCCCCCAGCGGAGGCCACCGUCCGCGGGGUCACACCAUCUCUGUGUCGGCCCCGUCUUCCAGGAGAGAGAGGAGGACAGAGAGGGACUCCUACCACAGCAGACCUGGGCCAGGCAAUGCGGAGAAGAUCUCUGGACUUAGCCCAGGUUUUGUGUUUCUUCAGCUUUAUCACUCUCCGUUCUUUGGGAAUGAGGCCAACAAACCCCUGCUGCUGCCCAAAACCCAGGUGAUUGAGCGUGCUGUGAAGGUACUCGACCAGAUGCCACCUUAUGAUACCCAUAAGAUUGGAGUGGUGUUCGUCGGAGCUGGACAGGUGAACAAUGAGGUGGCCAUACUUUCCAAUGAAUAUGGCUCCAACAGAUACGCUGCCUUCUUGACAGGCCUCGGAAAAUUAAUCCACUUAAAAGAUUGUGACCCUGACCAGAUCUUUCUUGGCGGACUAGACCAGUACGGGGAUGAUGGAGAAUUCACCUACUGCUGGCACGAUGACAUCAUGCAGGCUAUUUUCCACAUAGCUACAUUGAUGCCGAACAGGGAGAGCGACAGGGGCUGCUGUAACAAAAAACGCCACAUCGGCAAUGAUUUUGUUAUGGUUGUAUACAACGACUCUGGAGAAGAGUACAAGUUGGGCACCAUAAAGGGUCAGUUUAACUUUGUUGAAGUUGUAAUUAAACCCCUGGACUAUGAAUGUAACCUUGUCACCCUCCAGUGCCGCAGAGACCUUGAGGGAUUGGUGGACACAACGGUGGCAAAAAUUGUCUCUGACCGUAACCUGCCAUUACUGGUGAGACAGAUGGCCCUGCACGCAAAUAUGGCAUCUUUGGUGCAUCAGUACAGGGCCAACCCCUCUGAUGCUUAUGCUUCCAAGUGGCUGGCAAGGUUACGACACAUCAAAAGGAUCAGGACCCGGGCCCAGGAAGACAUUCAGUCCCGGCCGACCCCUGGCAUCUCACUAACCCAAGGGCACUCCCAGCCAAACAAGACGUCGUACCAGCAGAGCAGCUCCUCAGGAGGCGUAGAGGUCUCGGGCCAACGGAAAAGGCUGGUCUCCACUGUGGAUGACUUCACUGACUUUGUCUAAAACUCGAGGCAUCCCUCCACAUUUUGGAUUACUUUUCUCCUUCUCUCUUUCUCACCGUCUCUCUCUCUCACACACACACACACACACACAAAAGGACGCAAAUCUGCCUUACUGAUGAGAAAAUUUAGUUUCUCCUCAAUAUAUUGAAUAAUUGAACACUGAUUAACAAAUGUAUGGAUUCAUUGUAUUUGUAAUUGAGAAUCUCUGAACUUCAUAAACUCAUAAAGGCUCAUUAUUUUCUGCAGAAGUAUUGAUAUAUGAAGAAACAGCAUUUUCUGCAUAUUUUUCAAAAUUUUGAAACGCUAACGCUUUGCACUUUUUAAGCCGACUUACGGUAUUUCUGAUGUGCAACAUGGGAUGGGUAAAGUUGUAAGGAAGACUACACUUGGAAGCAUUGUGUGUUUGUGUGUAAAUAUGUGUGUAAAAAUAAAAACAGAUAAUGAAUAUA